CAAAACAAACAUGGCUAACGCUGGACAUGAAUUGCUAUUUUGCAGCGUCAGAGAUCAGUUGUCGUCUGCACAAGAUGUUGUUGUGAGUUCUUUACAUUGGUGCUUGGUCAGCAAUGAUUUCAAAUGCAUUGGUAGCGGAGAAAGGGUUCCAGCUCAUCCUCGUCAAAGCGAGAUGCUGCCCUCCCACUGGAACUCCUCACAAGAUGUGUACAUGCUCCUGUACCAACACAACCACAAGACAUAUCUGCUGAAGAUUGUACAGAUGGACAGCAUGCUUCUAGUACAUUUGAUGCGUCAUGAAGAUGAAAAGGUAGCAAGCAUGUCCAUAAAGGUGAAAGACUUUGCCACAGAGGAUUUAUCUACAUUCCACAGUGCCACCAAAAAUAUGAGUAAACUACAGUCAAGAGUCAAGCAAGAGCUACUGGCUGAGUUUGUUGCAGGGAAUGCUCACCAGAGGGCAGCAGGUAGCAGGAGAGGACAGGGUCAUAGUAGAGAUGAGGAUGAUCCUCUGAGGAUACCACCGUCACAUUCACAGAGGAGCAGGCAUGAAUGGGAGCAACAGAAUGAUCCCUUUGCUGUAGGAGGAGCUGACCUUGACCCAUUUGGGGGUCACCCUGGGGGUGGUGGGAUGCUGAUGGACCCCAGGAGAGGAGGGUUGCCUGGAGUGAGACCAGACCCCAGUGCGGGACUGCCGGGACGAUUACCUCCUGGAGCAGUGCCACCUGGUGCCAGAUUUGAUCCAUUUGGUCCUGGGCCUCUUGGAGGUAAUAGGGCUGG